AUGAAUGCUUUUGGGGCGUUUCAAACCUUCUACAAACUCGAUCUGCUCAAUGCAAGAUCUCCUUCCGACAUAUCCUGGAUUGGAUCGACUCAGGCGUUUCUCAUGUUUAUCCUGUCCGCGUUCGUGGGACCCAUCGUCGACGCUGGCUUUCUAAGGUCCUUACUCAUACUCGGGUCUCUACUGGCGGUUCUCGGAAUGUUCAUGACGAGUCUCUGCUCUCAAUACUGGCAGGUUUUUCUCGCACAGGCCCUCACAAUGGGCCUCGGAUUCGGUUGCCUUUACGUGCCCGCCCCGGCGGUUGUCUCGCAGUACUUUCACCGGAAUACUGCGCUUGCAAUGGGCGUAUCCUCAGCGGGCAGUGGCGUGAUAUACCCGAUUAUCUUCGCGCGUCUCCAGCCCCGGAUCGGCUUCGGCUGGGCCACUCGAGUCAUCGCGUUCAUCGUCUUGGGGACCUCCCUCCUUCCCUUGUGCUUGAUGAAAUCUAAAUCUUCUCCGACCACGAGAUACAACCUGUUCGAUCGGACCACGCUCACGGACGCACUUUACCUACUGUUCAAUCUCGGUCUGAUUUUUGGAUUCAUGGGCUUCUACAUCGUAUUCUACUACAUCGAGCUCUACGCCCACGAAGAAAGCAGCAUAUCGACAAUUUUAGGGACCUAUCUUCUCGUCAUCGUCAACGGGAGCUCCCUCUUCGGCCGCGUGGUCCUCCCCUUCUACGCCGAUCGAUUCGGCUCGAUCAACGUCCAAACGCUGGUCGCGUUGAUCGGCGCGGUUCUCACGUUCUGCCUCAUAGCAAUCAAGAACGCGCCCGGACUCAUCGUCUACUCCGUUAUCUACGGGAUUUGCGCCGGUGCGUUCAUGGGACUCCCGGCUGCGGGCGUGGUGAGUCUAUCGGCGGAUAGGAGCAAGAUCGGCGCCCGGCUGGGAAUGACGUUAGCUGUUGUCGGAUGUGGUGUACUACGCCCAUUGCUCGAUCUCCUCGCAGUUCUUACACAAUCGCACCUGGUCUGUCCCCGAUUGCGAGGGGCUCUGGAAGCCCACAUAUCGCGGUGUAUCAUCCGUGUUACAGAUAACGUCCUGACGGAGCUGAUCAAGGCAGUGCAGGCCGCGAAACCCCUGGAGCAGAUAGACACCCUUGUCGUCGUCCCACGAAAACGUAUCGCGUAA